ACUGUGGCGGCGGCUGCCGGAGGCGGAGGAGCGGGAGCCGGGGCGCGCUGUCCCCCCGCAGCCUCAUCGCUGGGCCCCGCCGGCGCUCCCCAUGCCCGUGUGGUGCUGCCGCUGCUCCCUGGCCGGUCACUUCAGAACGUACAGCAGCACUGAAACUGAAGGACAGCUUUUGAAUUCCUUUGUCCAGUAUUUUGGUGACAGCCUUGGAAGGAAGAUUAAAAGAAUGCCUUUAAUUGAAGAAACUGUUCUGCCGGGAGACUCCCUCCUUACUCUGCCUGUAGUAAUAAUCGGAAAUGGACCUUCAGGAAUUUGUCUUUCUUACCUGCUCUCUGGAUACAGGCCAUAUUUGUCUCCUGAAGCUAUACAUCCAAACCCCAUUCUACAUACGAAAUUAGAAGAAGCUCGACAUCUUUCCAUUGUUGAUCAAAACAGCAUGAUGAAGAGUAAAAGUUGCAUGAACAUGUCACAUUUUUCCAUACUCCAGGAUUUAGAGUACCUGUCUGAAGGGCUUGAGGGACGCUCUUCAAAUCCGGUUGCUGUGCUUUUUGACACGUUGCUUCAUCCUGAUGCUGACUUUGGGUACGACUACCCACCUGUUCUACACUGGAAGCUGGAACAACAUAAUUAUAUUCCCCAUAUAGUGCUUGGUAAAGGACCACCUGGUGGGGCUUGGCAUUCCAUGGAAGGCUCUAUGCUAACCAUCAGUUUUGGAGACUGGAUGGAAUUGCCUGGCCUCAGCUUUAAGGAGUGGGCAGCUAGCAAACGCAGAAAUAUAAAGAGUGAUCGAGUAAUGCCAGAGGAAAUAGCUUGUUAUUAUAAGCACUAUGUUAAAGUCAUGGGCCUCCAAAAGAAUUUCAGAGACAAUGUUUACAUAACAUCAGUGUCCAGACUUUACCGAGGAAAGGAUGACGAAGAUAGAAGUCAACGAAAUGAAGAUAUUUCAACACAGCAUUUGGAAAUGGACGAUGGACAGAAAUCACUUAUUAAGAGAAACUGGGAAGUCAGAGGUUAUCAGCGAGCAACAGAUGGUUCUCAUGUGCCCUUCUGCCUCUUUGCUGAGAAUGUGGCUCUUGCCACAGGAACCUUUGAUUCUCCUGGCCGAUUACAGGUUGAAGGAGAAGACUUCCCUUUUGUCCUCCAUUCCAUGUCUGACUUCGGAGCUGCAAUCAGCAAAGGAAAGUUACGUGGGAAGGCGGACCCUGUGUUAAUUGUGGGUGCUGGACUUACGGCAGCUGAUGCAGUACUCUGUGCCUAUAACAACAACAUCCCAGUAAUCCAUGUGUUUCGUAGAAGAGUUACCGAUACAAGCCUAAUUUUCAAACAGUUACCUAAAAAGCUUUACCCUGAAUACCACAAGGUCUAUCAUAUGAUGUGUACUCAGUCCCAUACUGUGGACUCUAAUCAACAUUCUGCUUACACUAGUUUCCCUGAACACAACGUACUUUCCUUCAAGCCUGAAAUGAAAUGUGUUCUUCAGAGUGCCUCUGGACUGAAGAAAAUUUUGAAAUUUUCUAUAGCCUUAGUUCUGAUAGGUUCUCACCCUAAUCUUUUCUUUCUAAAGGACCAAGGACGUAGCAUAGGUCAUCACUCUAACCAGCCCAUCACAUGCAAGGGGAAUCCUAUAGAGAUUGAUCCAUACACUUAUGAAUGCACUAAAGAAGCCAACCUCUUUGCUCUAGGUCCUCUGGUGGGAGACAACUUUGUACGGUUUUUAAAAGGAGGUGCAUUGGGCAUUGCACGAUGCUUGGCAAUAAGGCAAAAGAAGAAACAUGAAUUGAUUGAAAGUGGGGAUGGAGGAGGUGAUGGGGUACCAUAAAUGACACAUUAGAAACUUUCACAUCCAGGAUUACAGAUAUAGUCUAACAGAACACUCACUGGCAGCAAAAGUUGAUAGCAGUCAUAUUUCUAUUGUGUACAAGUAACCUGCGCUUGUAUUGCUUGGUAAAGGAUGCUGAUACUACAAUACUUCACCCUUUCAAACUAGAAAAACUUGAUCUGCUUAUCAACCUACUUCAACUGGAAUUACUUCCAGAUAAAUAGAAAAUGAGACUAGACUAACUUACAUUGACCUGCCUGUCAUCUCUUGCUCAGCUAAAAGAGCAGACUUCCUCUGGGAAAAGCAAUGCCUAUGGGAGUGGCAUUUCAGUGUCCAAUGUGACAAAAGUACUCUUACCAUGAAAUUAAAGUAACUUCUAAAAGCAGAAAGCUUGCUUAGUACAAGGUGAUUCUUGGUCCCAAAGCAAAUUUGGAGCCUUCUGCUUGAAACAAGGAUUCCAUUUAUUUGCCACAGUAAUACUUGGAAUGAGCACUUAGUAAAAUGGUUUCUACUGUAAGAAUGAUUUCUGUAAGCAAGUAUUCCUCAAUAGUUAAAAACUAUCCUGAUAAUUGAAAUAAAAGAAUAAGCAUUCCCAUUUAAUAUUUAACAAUGAUUUGACACAAUCCAAUAAUGUUUCUUCACACUAUGCCUAGAGUUGGUGAGUGUACGAAGACUACCAUGACAUGCUCCCCUACAGUGGUAUGUACAUUUCUGAGAAUACGCAGUAACAUAAACAAUAAUAAAGUACUGAUGUAAGUGCUCUUA